GAGCUUCCUGAAGAACUGGAAUUAAGAAGAAAUCUCUCAAACACAGAUCUCUAUCCCCUCCCAGUCUCCAGUCUCAGCUGGGAAACCUUUUCAGACUGUCUCCGACUAGGAUGUCAGGACAGGCUGAAGCUUUGGCCUAUCAUGCUCCAAAAGAACAAGAAAGACUUAUAAGUGUGAAGGUUGAAGAAGAGAAUUAUGUUUGGGGGCAGGACUUUGGCCUUCAGGGAAACACCUGGAACCAGGAGACCUAUCACCAGCGGUUCAGGCAGUUUGGUUACUCUGACUCCGCUGGGCCGGAGGCUCCGAGCCGGCUCCGGGAGCUUUGCUCUCAGUGCCUGAGACCAGAGGUACACACCAAGGAGCAGAUUCUGGAGCUGCUGGUGCUGGAGCAGUUCCUGGCUGUCCUGCCAGAGGAGCUGCAGGCCUGGCUGGGAGAGCACCGUCCAGAGAAUGGAGAGGAGGCUGUGACUAUGCUGGAGGAGCUGGAGAAAGAGCUUGAUGAACCAAGGCAACAGGACACAGCUCAUAGCUAAGGAAUAAUCUGGAAGGAAGUGACAUCCAUGGGAGCACUGAAGUCUCUGAGUAUCCAGCUCCAGCCCUUGGAGAAUCAGUGCAAGAGUGAGACUCAGGAGCCCCAGGCUUUUCAUGAGAGAGGUGGCAAGCUGGUGGCUGGCAAAGCAUUGACAGCAAAGCCAGAAGUUAUUGAAUAUGUAACAGCAGCAGCCAUGAUAUCCCCAGGAAGACUCCUUGGGGAAACCCCCUCAGGACAGGUAGUUGAAGAAGCUUUGGGAGGUCUAGACUUUAAGAAGCCAACAGAAAAUGCUGCAAGGAACAAAAUGAAUCAGCUCCCUUACCAGGAAAGACAGUUUAGUCUGCCAACAUUCAACAAGAAAAUCUCCACAGAAGAGGAUGUCCUUGAAUGUGAUGGAAGUGGAGGCAGUCUCGGUCUGAACUCAAACGUUCUAACACAACAGAGACGUCACACUGGGGGAAAGCGCGACGAGUGCUUGGACUGUGGGAAAACGUUUUGCCAGAGCUCAAGGCUGAUUAGACAUCAGAGAAUUCAUACUGGAGAGAGACCGUAUGCAUGUAAAGAAUGUGGCAAAGCCUUUAGUUUGAGCUCAGACCUUGUUAGACAUCAGCGAAUCCAUAGUGGAGAAAAACCCCAUGAAUGUUGUGAAUGUGGAAAAACUUUCAGGGGCAGCUCAGAGCUCAUCAGGCAUCGGAGAAUUCACACUGGAGAGAAACCUUAUGAAUGUAGUGAAUGUGGGAAAGCUUUCAGCCGGAGCUCAGCUCUUAUUCAGCAUAAGAAAAUUCACACUGGAGACAAAGGCUAUGAAUGUAUGGAAUGUGGUAAGGCUUGAAUGUAUUGAUGUAGUAGAAGCUCUAUCCUUAUUGAACAUCAAAGAAUUCACCCUGGAGAGAAACCUUAUGAAUGUAACAAAUGUGGAAAAUCCUUCAAUCAGAGCUCAGCCCUCACUCAGCACCAGAGAAUUCACACUGGGGAGAAACCUUAUGAAUGUAGUGAAUGUAGGAAAACAUUUAGGCAUAGGUCAGGCCUUAUGCAGCAUCAGAGAACUCACACCAGAGUUUAACUAUGGGUAUGAGCUCUACAGUUGUGAAAUACAAGGUAUUCACAUUGGGAUGAGACUACAAAAGACAGAAGUUUUCUGAGAGCAGAGCUCCUGUCCUUCCAGCCCAGUUCGGUAUUUUAAGAGUAGCUUAAUACAAAGAUGGUGAAGUGCUGAGUGGGCACCUUCACAGUAAGUCCAGGAUUGGGGCAGAGAUUCUGAGAGAGCUC